AUGCUCCCCACCAAUCUAGCCCUCCAAGUCCUAAUCCUCGCCCCGCAACUCAUCUCCCUCUCCUCCACACCAACGCCCGACCUCACCAUUACAACAACAAUCCACAAUCCCUCCACCAGUCCUAUUACCGUCUUGAAAUGGAACACACCGCUAGAUCCGCGCGCCGGCGUCCUCGGCGUAUUCGACAUCCACGACGAAGUCGAGGACCAGAACGUACCCAUCGACAUUGUCAAGUUCAACCGGAAACUUCCUCCCUCGGAGGAGGAUCUCGUGGAGAUCGCGCCCGAGAGUUCGGUGAAGGUUGAAGUGAGACUGCCACCAGUCAAGCUGCAGGCGGGGCGCGAGUAUAGUGUUAAGGCGAAAGGGAGGUGGCAUGGCGUAUGGGAGGGGAAGAAGGGGGAUGUAAACGGUGGAAAGUUGGAGGGAUUAGACGGGAAGGCCCAGGGAGGGGACUUUGAGUCAAAUGUGGUGAAUGUGAAGGUCGAGUGA